AUGCCCAUAGACAUCCCCAUGCCGGAUCGCCAAGCGAGUAAGCGACAACGGACGGGAUCAAACAAGCUCCAGCGCAGGGCUAGGACGUACAGUUUCUCACCGGGACGCGAGGACUCUGUGCAGCUCGGUAGGAAAACGAGCAGGAGGGCUCAGCGAGAGGUGGAUACGCCGAUGCCCGACGCUGCGGGAGACGACGCGCUGUGGCGCGUGCCGACGCUUCACAACAGGAAAGAUGGUGAUCACCUGCCCCGGAAAAUCUCCAGCAAGAAGCGGCGAAGGGAUGACCGGCAACGCGAGGCCGAAAUCAAGGCGUUGAGUAACUUUGUUCCUUUGCGGCCCGUUGCGGAGGAUUGGAUGGCUGGUCGUCCAAUAAAGAAAGACAGCAAGAGAUUCAAAGCAGCUUUCGGCGUCAGUAUGAGAGGUUCCGACUACGACAAGUUCAACCGGUCGUCAGACAUCUCACUACCGCUUCCCGAAUCCAUCGACUCCGCUCUUUCCUCGGACUCGGAUUACAUCUCUUACAAAGUUUCCGCUUUCGAAGCUCUUGCGCCUCGGCCGACUUUGCGCUACAGCACACAUCCACGAUUCGGAGCUUGUGCCCAGGAUGGCGCGGGGAUCGUACGCCGACCAUCUCCACAACGUACAAAAUUGAACGAGCCGAUCCCCGAGGCAACACUAAGGGCACACAAACGUGUCGACAGUCUCGCUGAUGACCUCAGCGCCGGCGACCUGCGCGAGCUGAUGGAACGGGACCAGCGGCGACGGGCGAGAAAAACGCAGCUGGAGCAAGAGAAACUGGAACGGAGAAUUGCAAGGCGCGCUGAAAAGCAGAAGGCUGCAGAGGCCGAGGCUGAGAGACACGGACGGGAAUCACCGCCAAAUCUAGAGCGAGGCGUUUUUGGCCGCGAGGAUGUGGGAUUGGGGGUUGGCCCAAGCUCCGCCGUCGUCACGUCAUCAAAAAUACGGCACUCGGGUAGCCCGCCGGCGCGUCGAGAAGAAGUUAGGGAAGCCGGCCACUCAGAAGUCACCCAGGAAAAUAACCAGUCCGACCCAGUGGCCGCCUUCCACCGAGUAGACAGCAUCAUCCCCCUACAACCACCAGAGGCGCUCUCCGAAAUCCGAGAAUAUGUGCCAGUCCGCGCAAGCCCUAUCUCCAAGGGCUCGUUCCGCAGGAAACUAUCACGAUCAAAGUCCCCGCAAGAUUCCGAAACAAGGACAGAGCAGUCUGAGAAACCGUCGAACAGUACCACCAAAGGCCCGCGGUCUUGGACUUCGUUCUUCCGAUGGGCCAACAAAGCUAAGCGGAACUCAGGGGGGCCAUCUUCCUUUUCCAAUACGUCUCGGGAUUCGAUGCACACUACGCCGACACCGACGCCUCCCGUCAACGCAGUGCCGCGGCACCUUAGCUCCGGAGUGCCGAAGCGGACCAUGUCCCGGUUCCGUGAAGAUCUCCCUGAGCUGCCGAUUUCGCCUCCAGCAUCACGAAUGCAAUCGCCAGAUCUUGAAGCUAUUGAUACCAUAAUCAACUCAUCGGUCGGCGCUCAUCCUGCUGUCAUGGGGACAGCGCCCUCACCCUCUACACUCCGGCCGAGGCACGACACGCCAAUAUCACAACCACCAUCUAUCGAGCGAAUGCAGGACACGCCAUCGACCUUCAGUCACCCUGACGAACCGGGAAUCUCUCCAGAGCCACAAGCUACGUCCCUGGCCUCAAUCGACUCGGAAGGGUCAUGGUUUGGAGGAGGACUGGGCAGAAAACGGAAGUCGUCAGGCAUUCUGGAGCACGCAUCAGGCUUGCGGUUUCCCCGGCAAGCCCCCGAGUCGGAUGGCGAACGCCGGCCGGAAAAUGAAACCACCAACGACGAUAUGUACAUAGCCGAUGACGAUUACCUUUCACGCCUUGCGCCCCCCCAUGGCGACCGGUCCGGAUGGAAUCGCAAAUCUACCGGAGAAGCGCGGCCGUCGAGCGAUUGGGAGGAGGAGGAGGCUCACUGGGGCAGCGUCAGGGGCCAGCAACCCACGGUCGUGCGCUCCCAGGCUGUUGGGCGGGUGAAGAGCCGUGAGGGUUUACUCAAGUCGUUCGGCGACGAGGGUGAAGGCACUCUUGAACAGGUCAAUCCAGAAGACAAUAGCGACGGCAGCAACGACGUCGGACUUCAACGAGCGAGGAGUGUCGAUUACGGAAAAGCGCACGCUCGACAUAUCAGUGCCGGGAGCGCCCGCUUGCUCUCGAUAACACCUCGGUCGUCGGUCGAUGCGAAGCACACAGGCUUGCACCUGGCCAAGGAUGUCUGA